ACCAGCUGUUAGGGUUAGGGUUCAACACACCGAUGACCUCAGGUGACCUCUGUUCGGAGCGGAGGGUCAACGGUUCAGCCAGAGGCGCAGCUAACGCGUCUACCGCUAGAGGGCAGCACGCGCUGCAUAAACAGGAACCAUAGGAAAACAACAUGGCAGCUCCCGAUGAGCACGUUGGUUCUACAGAGAUAGAACCUCCUGAAAACGAGCGGACCGAAGCUCCAGUAACAGCUGACACAUCUGGUUCCGAGCCGGAAGAACCGGACCCAGAUGAAGAGGAGGAGAGCGAGCCGCCCGGACCAAAGAUACGAGAAACCCCGGAGGACAUCCGGCUGGAGGCGACCGCCAACACGGUGGCCGUGCAUCCCAGCAGGGACCUGCUGGUGUGCGGGGACGUGGACGGGGACGUGUACGCCUUCUCCUACUCGUGCACGGAGGGGGAGAACCGGGAGCUGUGGUCGUCCGGGCACCACCUAAAGUCCUGCCGCCAGGUUCGGUUCUCUGAGGACGGGCUGAAGCUGUACAGCGUGUCCCGGGACAAGGCCCUGCAUCUGCUGGACGUGGAGCGGGGACAGCUGGUCUCACGGAUCCGGGGGGCCCACGGGACCGCCAUCAACAGCCUGCUGCUGGUGGACGAGAACAUCCUGGCUACUGGGGACGACGGAGGAACCCUGAAGGUGUGGGACAUGAGGAAGGGGACCUCCAUCAUGGACAUGAAGGAACACGAGGAUUAUAUCAGUGACAUCACUGUAGACCAGGCCAAGAGGAUCCUGCUCACUGCCAGCGGCGACGGAACCAUGGGCGUCUUCAACAUCAAGAGGCGGCGGUUUGAGCUGCUGUCUGAGUACCAGAGCGGAGAUCUAACCUCGGUGGUGCUGAUGAAGCGGGGGAAGAAGGUGGUCUGUGGCUCCAGCGAGGGAACCAUCUACAUCUUCAACUGGAACGGGUUCGGCGCCACCAGUGACCGCUUCGCUCUGAAGGCCGAGUCGGUGGACUGCAUCAUCCCGAUAACGGACAGCAUCAUGUGCACCGCCUCCAUGGAUGGGUACAUCCGAGCCAUCAACCUGCUUCCCAACCGGGUCAUCGGGUGCAUCGGGCAGCACGUGGGAGAACCCGUGGAAGAGAUCGCUAAAUCCUGGGAUUCUCGCUUCCUGAUCAGCUGCGCCCACGACCAGCUGAUCAAGUUCUGGGACAUUUCUAGUUUACCUAAGAUGACUGUCAACGAAUACCGCAAGAGGAAGAAGAAGGACGGGAGGAUGAAGUCUCUGACCAAGAAGGCCCUCGGCGACAACGACUUCUACUCAGGACUGGUCCAGGAAACGGAGAAGGAAGAGGAAGAGGAAGAGGAAGAGGAGGAUAGUGAGAGUGACAGUGAUUAAAGCUGCUGUGCCUUUGGUGAUUUUAUUACGAUGAGUAUUUUUCCGUCUGUCUGUUUGUUGUUGUUAUUAUUGUUGUUUGAGAUUAUAAUAGAACAGUUGAUGCCAGACAUUUAUUUUCGAAAUAAAAAACCCGUGGUCCUCAAAA